UAGAGUUAAGCUAGCUCCUACUUGCAAUGUUAUUCCAUACAACGAAAUUGUAACCAAAAUAUAUCAAAAUUGUUGUGUUACAGUUGUAGUUUUGUUGAUGAUAAAACUGUAUUUUUUAUUAUAUCUUCUUAUUUCAGGAUAAAUAUGGCAGGUAUAAGUGAAGUCAGUGUUGCGGGUGUUUUGGAGAAGAUCAGCCAGGGACACCUUGAGUGUCCAAUUUGCUUCUCUCGAUUCACAAACCCCAAGAUUCUGAAUUGCUUGCACAGCUUCUGCCAAAGAUGCCUGGAAAUAAUGAUGGAAGGUCAUCCUCAGCAGGGAGAGAUUACCUGCCCAAUCUGCAGGCAGAAAAUGGCUUUAUCAGAUGCAGGAAUUGCUGGAAUUCUCAACAAUUUUUCCUUGAUGGCUCUGGUGGACGAGGUCAAUCAACAGGAAGAGAUGGUCAAAAGUCAAAGAUCAAAUAUCAUUUGCGAGGUGUGUGAAGAAGAAGAGGCAAUUGUAAGGUGUUUGGAGUGCAGGGAAUAUUUCUGUGACUUCUGUCACAAUGCCCACAAACGAAGCAAGAAAACCAGGAAUCACGAGACGGCAUCAAUUGAAGACCUGCGCUCAGGAAAGGCACCUUACCAAAGUCGCCUUUGGAAUGAGGUUCCUAAAUGCCCAAAUCAUUCUUCCCAGGAUCUCUUCUUCUGUGAGACUUGUGAGACACUGAUAUGUGCUGUAUGCACUGCUCUUGAUCAUAAAGCACCAGACCAUAAAUUCAUUGAUAUUUCUGCUGCAGUUGCCUCAUGCAAAGAAAAAGUGACUGAACACAUCACAGAGGCCAAACAAUGUAUUAAUAAGUUUGAGGAGGCAAAAAAAAAAGCUCUAAAUUCAAAGUUGGACCACAACAAUAUGACAGUGGAGAUGAAUGAUCGCAUUACUAAAAAUGCAGAUGACGCAGUUGACAAAAUUCGUGAGAAUGAACGCUUGCUGAAAGAAAAAGUCACUAAGGUUUGCCACAAAAAGGAUGCAUGCUUUGACCAAGUUCUAGAAUGCUGUAAAGAAAAUAUUGAAAAGGCAGAAAAAACAUUAGCGACAGUGAAAUCUGUGAUGGAUCAGGCCAAUAAUUUUGAUCUUUUAAAACUGCAACCGAACCUUCUUCAAAACUUACAAGACGCAGCAGAUCAAGAAACACUAGCACCAGUGCAAGGCCUUACGUUUGAAGAUUUACAACAAUGUGAAGACAUCAGUCAGACAGAUCUUGGUUUUACCCCAAGAAUGAGUGUAUCAGUACAAGAACAAGCUAGGAGAUUGCAGGUUGGCACUAGGGUCAAACGGGGACCUGAUUGGUGCUACGGUAAUCAGGAUGGUCAAGACGAAGGAAGGGUAAUAUGUUUAGAUGACGCCGAUGUUGGCUUUGUCGAUGUAGAAUGGUCAUCAGGAUUGGUUGAAAGUUACCGGAUGGGAGCAAAGGGACACUAUGAUCUUCAAAUGGUCAACUUUGGCCCAAGAAUGAGUGUAUCAGUACAAGAACAAGCUAGGAGAUUGCAGGUUGGCACUCGGGUCAUACGGGGACCUGAUUGGCACUACGGUAAUCAGGAUGGUCAAGGCGAAGGAAGGGUAAUAUGUAUAGAUGACGCCGAUUUUGGCUAUGUCGAUGUAGAAUGGUCAUCAGGAUUGGUUGAAAGUUACCGGAUGGGAGCAAAGGGACACUAUGAUCUUCAAAUGGUCAACUUUGGCCCAAGAAUGAGUGUAUCAGUACAAGAACAAGCUAGGAGAUUGCAGGUUGGCACUAGGGUCAUACGGGGACCUGAUUGGCACUACGGUAAUCAGGAUGGUCGAGACGAAGGAAGGGUAAUAUGUUUAGAUGACGCCGAUGUUGGCUUAGUCGAUGUAGAAUGGUCAUCAGGAUUGGUUGAUAAUUACCGGAUGGGAGCAGGGGGACACUAUGACCUUCAAAUGGUCAAGUAUGCAGAUGAUGAAUACUAUUGA